AUUUUUUACAGACCUGCGACGGUCACACUAUCGCAACAACCAAGAAUAACGAAAAGUACACAAUUAUACAACCCCAAACAAACGCGCGGCGAAGGAGGUGUGUCUAGAGCAGCAGCAGACGCGGAGGUGACCCCCAGGCAAUGGCCAUGUUGACCCGCUUAACCAGCAGCGGCACCACGACGGUGGCCGGAGCACCUGGAUCCCCAAAGGGUCUGCAGCGGUUCCAGAACUACAUCGCCGCCUUCUUGUUUCCGGGUGCUCAGAGGCAGAGACGGAAGUCCACGCAGCUGGACGCCAUCGAUUGCUUCACCAACGAUCUGGUGACCCGGAAAACCCAGAAGUGGGAGGAGCUGCGCGACAGCCUGAUGAAGAAACAACCACCGGGAAUUCAGGAGACGGAUGCCAACAGCAAUGUGGCCACGGCUGGCGAAAAAACCUCAGCCAGUACCUCCACUAGUUUUACCCAGAACGUGGGCCUAAUGUCCAAAGGCGUAAUGAGCGAUAUCAAGGCGCUGCGUUCCCCGCAAUUGGGACUAGACAUUCGAUCUCUCUCCCAGGCGCAGCUGGACAACCUGCUGAUGGCCACGCUGGAAGUGAAGAACAAGCUGGACUUCCUCUACCUGAUCCGUCAGUGCAUCCGCUUCAAUCUGUUGCCCUCCAAUGAGGUGUUCGUCUCCUGUCUAAAGUAUCUGACUGCCCAGCGAAAGCUUCAUCAGCUGGAGGCUCUGGCAGAUACCUGCCGGCAGCUGGAGCAUCCCUUUUCGCAGACCUACGCUGACCUGGCUCCCUUUCGGGCCAUAGCCCUCUGGAACAACGGAAACGCAGACGUGGCUCUGAUGACGUUGCAUCGUGGUUACGGGAUCAGCAUGACUUCGGAGGAGGGCAGGAGGAUGGCGCGCACGGCUUUCCGUACCAUUUCUGAGGAGACGCUGGCCCAGAAGAGUGAGGCCGUGCUGGUCUCACUUCUGGAGGUGGCUCGAGCCAUCCACCGCGAGCAUAAGGACAUCUUCGUGGUUGCCUGUGUGUGGAAGCAGUGUUUUGCAAGCGAUUGGUUUUGCGACCAAAAAUCAGCUGGGGAACUUUUCGAGCACUACAAGGAGCUGCAAGAACUGGUGGAGCGGAGAGCCGGUCCCCUGUGCUCCUCAUUCCUGGGUCGCAACAAUGUAGAUGCCGUGCAUCGUCUUAUCGAGGUAUUUUUGCAGCACCAGCAGCGGUCGGCCUGCUCAAGUUGCCUCAGCCUGCUCUUUAACUAUCAAUACAUGCGCAAGGAUCUGCGUGCCUGCGCUGAAAUAGUGAAAUCCUGUAGUGAGUUGGAGAUGCCGUUGAACGAGCUGCAGAACGAACAGUUCCUCAGCUUGUUCCUCGACCAGAGCGAUCCGCUGGACUCCGCAGGAGCGGCCAGCAAGUACAAGGCGCCCAAGUCCUUCCAGUACAAGUUCUAGUUGAAUGUUCCGAACCUUAAGCCGUUGUCAUCGUAGUUUUAGCACAAGAACGUGUUUGCACCAUUGAGCAAUAUGGCAAGCCAUCCCCAUUUACGCCUCCCCAAAGAAAGUAGCGUCUCUUGAUUAAAUGUUAUUUAAUAUCCGUA